AUGGACGAUAAGGCGCUCAUUGACGCCGAGCUGGAGCAGCUAGAGCUCGAGCAACGCCAGUUGGAUCUAGAUCGCAAAAGGCUGGAACUCCGUCUGCGCCACGCCAGACUGAACGGUCACGUCGAUGCCGUUCCACGCGAAAGUCAGCUUCAAUCGAGACCGGAGUCGGUUGACGGCGCCACAGGAGUUGAGAGAGUCACGGCAGGCGGUGAAAACUUCUCGAAUCCAGGACGAGAAGAGGCGACCGAUGCCCCAACCGCCGGCAAUCAACAUAUCGCACGAGUCUUUCCUCCAUCCGAUCUGGUCGAUAUCUCUGGUUGGUUUUCAAGACAGUACCACGAGGAAGCGGCGGCCAGUCGUGAUCGUGUAACCAAGCCGAGUCCUUCGCCAGGCCUACCGCACUCAAGCAUCGCGUCGACACAGCCCAGUGUGUCCACCCGGCCAGAAUCCACGGUCCCGUCUAGCGCAACCUUGCCGAAAUAUCCCUCGAGCUCUCAAACUCCCCCAUCGACAAUCUCCCUCAGCGGGCAACAAGAUAGUUUCGGCCAGGUUCCUGCAAGCUCUCAUCACAAGAGAGAACGCAGUUCCGGAAGUGAAGUUGUGCCGGAGCAGGCUUCGACUCCGGAGAUCAAUGACGGGAGGAAUUGGACAAUCAACAAACAAGCACCAGGCAAGAGAAACAAACAGUCACCCAAGGUUCAGGGUCUACCUGACCAUCACAUCCAGGCCAUCAUCCGCAAAUACGGAGAGCGGCUCGUCCAGCGCCACAUGCGAUGCUUCCGCAAACACGAGCGGCGGGAAGCCGCCAUGAUAAUCGAGGCGGGUUCGAAGGUCGUCGACGGGCUUCUCGAGAGGAAAUUCAGGAGCCUCGAGGAACUUCACGCUGCAUACGAGCGCCAGAUUCGACGGUGCUGCACAUGGGACUUGCAGCAAUCCCUCAGGAGUGAGCUGCACAAGUUCCGUCGAGCAGGCCCGAUUUGGUGGAGCAGGUGCGUGACGAAGCGAACGCAGGAGGAGAGACUGCAGGACGUCGCGACGGUGUUUCAGGACGUCGUCGAAGGCAUUUUCGAUAACAAGUAA